AUGUCUUAUCUGAAACCUCCUGGGAGAGAGCUUGAGGCUUUGGAUGGUCUCUCGUUAAUUUACUGGACAUUAUUGGGGCCGUAUGGAGUUGACCGCAACGUGCACUGCGUGGAUUUUACAGACUGUGAGAAUGGGCUGGGAAUUAAAGUGAUUGGUGGUGUGAAGGAGGUGACGGGAGAGGAGUAUGGAGUGUAUGUGAAGAGAAUCUUGCCGGGAGGUCUUGCGUCAGUCAAUGGUCGUUUGCAUCCUGGAGAUCAGAUUCUGGAGGUUAAUGGUGAGAGUCUGGUGGGAGUUACUAAUGAAAGUGCCGUGGAGGUGCUACGUGCUGCGUCUUCCUCUAACAGCAUGCGGCUGAUGAUCGCACGGGACGAGCAGGGCAGGAGAGAAUUUACAGAAUUACUGGAGAAAUACACGUCCAGCAGCAGUACCGGCUCAGCCAGGAGUUCACCCGUCCCACAGGCAGGCAGAUAUCUGGACAGUGUAUCCUCAGGAUCAUCCUCGAGUUCCCAGAGCCCUCAGCAACUAAGCCCUGUUAGUUCUCACAGCUCCUUCAAUGGAAACACAGGCUCAUUACUUCGCUCAAGUUCACAUUACCCGGGCGAUGCCGGGAUUCAGCUGGUCAACAUCACCAAGACAACAGGCCUCGGCCUGGUGAUUACGGGGGGAGCCAACAGGCCUGAUGGGCCCAAUGUCUUUGUGGAGGACGUCGUCUCCGGGGGAGACUGUCACAGGGACGGGCGACUUCGUCCGGGCGACCAGCUGAUCGCGAUUAACAAGAAAUCUCUGAUUGGGGUGACCCUGGAGGACGCCCAGACCAUCCUCAACAAAAUCAAUUUCAGGAAUGAAGGAACAGCAGUGAUUGCGUUUAUACCAGGGAAAGGCCCUCUACACCCCGGCACCUCGUUAAACAACGACAACCAUUCGGCCCAGAAGAACGUGGGAAACGGCUGUGGUUCCAGCAGGUUAAAGGUUCACGUCGGCACAUCCAAGCCCCGACAUGAAGAUCAUUUGCCUGUGUCUUCCUCAUCACCAGACAUCUGCCCGCCAGAGCUCACUAUCUCAGCUGCCACACCAUCUGCCCAGAAGGAAGCAGCCAGUAGCAAACAAAAGGUCUCGCUGGACCCUCACGUUAGGUUAAAGAUGGACAAACUUGACUUGGCACUGAUGUAUCUGGGACUGGAUGUAACAGAGGAACGGAGACGAGAGCUGAAGCAGAGCCUGACAGCAGAUUCACAAGGAACUGUGGCCUUUGGAGUGUUUGUGCAGGCUGCGAGGGACUACCUGCAAGAGGAGAUGGAAGAAGUCGGACUAAGUCAAAGCCCCCCGUUGUUCUCUCCGAAUGAGGUGGCCAAUCUGCUGGAUACGUCAGCCUUCCACUCACCGUUUACUUCGAACAUCGCCCGUGACACAGAGGAGCUGGAGCAGCUGCACACAGAGAUGGCAGAGCUGCACCAGGAGGUAAACAACCUGAAGGCUCUCAUGAUAGAAACUGAGAAGAGUAAGAAAUCCCUGGAGGAUGAGCUACAGCAUCUCAGUCAGAAAGCCACUGAUGCACUUGUAGAAAAUAGGACUCUCCAGAACAAGUUACAGCUGGCCGACGCUGUGCAGUGCCAGGCACACAGCGCUGAGCAGGACUACGAGGAGGUGAUCCGUCUCCUUGAAGCCGAGAUCACCGAGCUCAAAAUUGAGCAGGCGGGGAAACAGCAGGUCAGCCCUGGAGAGUCCACCAAGGAGGAUGUUCAGGAGCUGCGACGGAGGCUCUCCAUCAUUGAUUGCCAGCUGCGCAAAUCUGAGCUUGAUCGAAAACAUCUGGAGAUUUCCAACAAGAGACUACUGUCGUUUGCCGAAAAUGUGCACAAGGUUCUAACAUCUGCCAAUCUAGUGGGCGUCGGUAAGGGAGUGAACCAGUUGAUGGGCAGCACAACUGAAGACGGUCUGGCCUUGCCCCCACCUCCUGAAGGACCUGCCAGGCUACUUGCAGCAGAAGCCAAACAGUUAGUUGAGGGUGUCUUCUCUUUUAGAUGUGGAAAUGCAUUGCCAUAUGGGUGGGAAGAGUGCUGUACACCAGAUGGGGCCAAAUACUACAUUGAUCACGUCCACCAGAAAACAACCUGGUCACCUCCACCAGGAACCAGCACCAAAGAACAGAACAACCAGCCGGAAGCCGACUGCUCUCACAGAUCCACAUAAAACCAGCUGAUUACAGGCAAUUUUAUUUAAAAUGUAAAAAUGGAUUGCACCGUUAUUCCAAAUCUACUGUCCAUACACAUUAUGUAUGUAUACACAUAUUACAAAACAGCCACAUGAUGUGGUGUGAGGUACUGGUCCUCUGGUGCCUGCUAUCUGGU